AUGGAAAACAAACCAUAUACUCCUUUUAAUAAUAACAAUAAUUUUAAAAAAAAAAAUAAUAACAACAAUAAUAAUAAAAAAACAUUUUUUAAAGAUAAUGAUGGGAAUAGCAAUAAUAUAACACUAUCAACAGGUUUGGAUUAUUUAUCAGAAAAAGAGAAAUGUAAAGAUUUUUUAAACUUUUUUAAAUGUACAGAUAAUGGUAAUAUUGGUGGUUUUGAAAAAUAUGUAGAAAUGAUGAAAGAGAUCACACAAAGGAAAAGAAAAAACUUUGAUAUAGAAUUAGAUGAUGUAUACAAUUUUAAUAGAGACCUUGUAUUUGUUGAGUCGAUUGAAAAUCAAACAUCAACCUAUCUUAGACUAUUUACCUAUGCAUUGGAUGAACUUAUACCACCACCAGAUUUAUCAAGUACAAGAUCAGCAAUGGGUUUUAAUAAUGAUGAUGGUUUCGAUAAGAACAAAGAAGAUCAAAAGUUUUAUCAAAAUUCUGAUAUGGUUUUAGACUUAUUGGCAUCUCAAAGAAUACAAAGAAAAAAGUUUUUACAAGAACAAAAUAGAUUAGAUCUCGAUAGUAAUGAAUUUGAUUUUCCUCAAGAAAUUAUUAGAAGAUUUGAAUUACAUUUUAUACCAAGAAAAGGGAAAUCAAUAAUACCAAUUAGAUUAAUAAGGAGUGAACUUAUUGGUAGAUUAGUAACAUUUAGUGGUGUAGUUACACGUGUUACAGAUGUUAAACCAUUGGUAGUUAUAUCAUUGUAUACAUGUGAUAUUUGUGGUGCAGAGAUCUUUCAAGAGAUUACUUCAAGGGAAUUUAUGCCAUUAUUUCAGUGUAAGAGUAAACAAUGUACAGAAGGUGGUAAACAAGCGGGUAAUCUUACCCUUCAAACUAGAGGUUCAAAGUUUGUAAAGUUUCAAGAGAUUAAAGUUCAAGAGAUAGCCAAUCAAGUACCGAUUGGUCAUACACCACGUUCCAUCAAAGUUUAUGUUCGUGGUGAACUAACUAGAAUGGCUUCACCUGGUGAUAUUGUUACAAUGUCUGGUAUAUUUUUACCAACACCCUACACUGGUCAUAAAGCUAUUAAAGCGGGUCUAUUAGCUGACACUUACAUUGAGGCCAUGCAAAUCCUUCAACACAAGAAAACUUAUGAACAAUUGGAUCUCACUGAGGAAAUGUUAAAGAAAAUUCAAGAUGAAUCACAAAAUGAAAAUAUUUAUGAUCGAUUGGCAAUGUCAUUGGCACCAGAGAUCUAUGGUCAUUUGGAUGUAAAGAAAGCAUUACUACUAAUGAUGGUCGGUGGUGAAUCAAAACAUAUGAAAGAUGGUAUGAACAUUAGAGGUGAUAUCAACAUUUGUUUAAUGGGUGAUCCUGGUAUCGCAAAGAGUCAACUAUUAAAACAUAUUGCAAAGGUUGCACCACGUGGUAUCUAUACCUCUGGUAAGGGUAGUUCUGGUGUUGGUUUAACCGCUGCAGUCAUUAGAGAUACCAUGACAGGUGAAUUUGUACUCGAAGGUGGUUCUUUGGUUUUAGCUGAUAUGGGUAUUUGUUGCAUUGACGAGUUUGAUAAGAUGGAGGAUAGUGAUCGUACAGCAAUUCAUGAAGUUAUGGAACAACAAACUAUCUCCAUCGCGAAGGCUGGUAUUACCACAACUCUAAACGCAAGAACUUCAAUUUUAGCAGCUGCAAAUCCUGCUUAUGGUCGUUAUAAUUUCGAUCGUUCACCAGAUGAAAACUUUAGAUUACCACAUUCUUUGUUAUCUCGUUUCGAUUUACUCUUUUUAAUGGUUGAUAAAGCAGAUAUGGAUAAUGAUCGUUUACUCUCUGAACAUGUAACCUAUGUACAUAUGCAUUCAAAACCACCUCAAUUAUCAUUUGAACCAUUCGAUUCAGAGUUUAUUCGUGCCUAUGUUUCACAAGCUCGUAAAAUUAUACCACCCGUACCAAAGGAUUUAACUAAUUACAUUGUCGACUCUUAUAUUACCCUUAGAAAACAAGAUAGUGAAACUAAAACCCCUUUCACCUAUACUACUGCUCGUACUCUAUUGGGUGUACUUCGUUUAUCUCAAGCUUUUGCAAGAUUGAAAUUCUCUCAACAAGUCUCUCAAGAGGACGUCGAAGAGUCUAUGCGUCUAAUGUUUGUCUCUAAACAAUCAAUUAGGUUUAAAAAUGAAAAAAAGACUCCUCAAAAUCCAAGUUCAAUUAUUUAUACACUCAUCAAAGAUCAUUGCGCUUUAAACCGUGUUAAAAAAGUUUCAAUUUUUGAUAUCCAACAAAAAGUUUUCUCUUCUGGUUUUACUCAACAACAUUUAGAUGAUUGUUUAAAUCUUUAUAAAAGUGUUUUAAAUUCAAAUUCAAAUUUUAUUUCUUUAAUUUAA